GCCACACGACAGACUACUUUACUGUUCUUCUGGAAAACGAGAGCCAUUGUUCGUGAUUUGCACAGACCAAGACGUAUCUACUUUAUCACCGCACCGGAAAACAAAAACCAAAGGCAUGGCUGAAAAUCUUUCACCGCCUGGUGACACCGAGUUCAGUGCCUUGUUUGAUGCGGACACCGAGUCGCCACCAGACGAUUCUGACAGCAUGGAAAUCGACAGAAGAAGCACAGGCGACACAGUCGUGGAGCAUGAAUUCGACAGCGACGCUACGUUCUGUUCCGAGGUUGAGUGGGGGGAAGAUCUAGAGAUUGGACCACCACUCCGAUCCUCUACUCCAGUGCAUACCCCCACCGACAACAUGGAAUGGAACAGCGCGUUCGCACCUAUCGCCUCCAGUCGUCCGACUGACACGAGCCCGGAGUACCCGGACUGGGACACUAGUGCGGAUAUGUUUGCAUCGUCAAGCUUUGAGGAGCCAUUGCCCGGGCCUGCUGAGGAGGAAGCGUUGGACCUUAGAACUGUAAUUCCGGAGACACAGAACAUCACACAAGUUCCGGCCCAUCAGAUCCAACAGCCACCACCAAACACAACAGCCAGACAGACGGAGCAUGGAUAUUCGGACGACUCCGUUUUGGACCUAAGAACUGUAAUACCAGAGACUCAGUUUUUUUAAUGAAAAAAAACACUGUAAGUUCCUACAUCGUUGUAUAUAUUUUUUUAUAUAUUGCUGUAUCGUUUUGUAUGUAUUGUUGUAUAUAUUUUUGUAUCAUUUUGUAUAUAUUGCAUCCGUCACUGCACAUCUUCAUGUAUCUUAGUAGGUAAGCGCUAAACAUUGAAUGGAAAUUCUAUAGUAAUCCCGACGGGGAACAGCGUGAUUCCUAGCACGCAGUUCAGAGAAAAACACAUUCGAUUUCGAGUAGGCGUGAGUACAAUUCCCACGUGUGUAGAUUGUUUUGAUUUGUCGCUAGAGGCGCCAGGGUCUGUGCUCUAAGUUUAAUGAAUAUUUAUCCGUCACGGCGUCUUGAAGAAUAUAUUUCAAAAGUACAACGUACCUUACAUACAACUGACUGCUUUUCACAUAGACACACGUAAGACACACGCUGCUAUUUUAGUCUUAUCAUUUCGUGGUAACUUGUCUUCGGAUUCACUUUUCUCAAUGAAUAAAACUCUUGCGUUGCAAACAGGAAAACUAGCAAUACCUCAUGUCUUUUCUUUACAUUCAAGAACAUACAAUGUGCACAGUAUCGACAUUUAUUAGGGGGUUAUACGCCACCAAAACGACCAGAAUAUUCUAUUGCAGAAAUGCGGAAGUGAAAUGAUGACGUAAGGGCCCGGUGGUCAUGAAUAUGUAACGGCCAGACGCUGAUUCGCCAGCGCGUGCCGCCUGCCGGCCAAUUGUGCCGUGCGAUAUGGGACACCCGUGGUGCAGUAAUCCUUAUCUCACAUCUGAUCUCGAGGAAAAAGAAAGCACCAUUUCCCCAGUCUCUCGCUAGGCCGGCAAUUAACCCCCCUGGGCAAAGUCCAACCGCGUGAAAAUUCUACCGGGUCGGGCCAAUUAUCCCGGCGGCUCAGACCCACAGUGGCCCCGUGGAGAGCUUGCACUAAGUACGGUAGGCCGAGCCAGCGAGAGACUGGAUUCCAG